AAACGGUGUCGUUGGGUAUCCCAUUUCUCCAAACAAUAGCCGAUUUCUUCCCCGUCUUCCACUGCCAGUUCCAUUGUAAUUUGUAAACCGUCAUCGACUCCCUUUCGCUCCCUCCCUCUUAACCCUAGACAGAGAAAAGGGGAAAAAGCAACGACUCAGAUGGCUACUUUGGCAGCGAUUGCAGCUCGUAGAGCAGCGACUCUAGCUCGAACACCGACUCCUUCUCAAGCCGCUUCUCUUAUUCCUCGCCGUGGUCUCGCCGGCGCCGCAGAUCACCACGGACCUCCAAAGGUUAAUUUUUGGCAAGACCCAAUGAGCCCAUCUAAAUGGAAAGAAGAGCAUUUUGUGAUUGUCUCUUUAUCUGGUUGGGGUCUGCUUAUCUUUAGUGGAUACAAGUUCUUCACUAAAGGCAAAGGCAAGAAGGAAGAGAACCUGGCGGAAGCAGCACAAUGAUGAGGUUGGAGCUUUUAUUUUUUAAGAAUAUUCCCAAUAAUAAUGUGUUUUGCUGGAACGUUCAUGUUCUUGGAUAUGUUUAUUUUGGCAAAUUAUUCUGUUUUCCUGUUCAUCAUUUCUUUUUCUCUCAGAGAAUGAUGAGUGACUAAACUUGGAGGUCAGUUAUUAAUCAGUGAACAAACAGCCUGUUUCGUUGGCUUGUCCCUUCUUUAAUGGGAUGUAACCAUUUUUAAGAUCCAAACUCAAUUGAUGGAUUUGACAAGUUAAUGAGCUA